AUGCCCAGGCCUUCGGAUACAUUUAAACCCGGUUUGGUAAGGGUAAUUAUCUCGACCAAGAUGGCCGUCAUGCUAGCCAUGGUUCCGAGCGCGUUUCCUAUGGCUCUUGGUGGUAGUAGUAGUAGUGGUGGUGGUGGUGUUCGUGCUGCUGUGGACAUGUGCCAGUCUGGUCGAGAAUUUGACCGCUUGAAGCUAUUGUGCCCUGAAUCUCCUUUCGAGCCGCCGCCACUUCUUCAAUCGCCGGACGCCAUUGAUGAUGGAAGAUUGAGGUUUGUAGGUGAGAGAGAGGUGAAGUUGUUGGCCCGGCGGCGAGAGCCCUAUACUGUAGGGAAGAGGGAGCGAGAAGAAAAGAAAAGUAUGCGAGCUUGUCUGAGCAAUCUCGCGAAGGAGUGGAGUAUGAAGCAUUGCCGAAAGGAGUUGUACCGAGGUCGGUCGCUUAUCUCCCGAGCUGGAGAUGCAGGUUCUUCCCCAGUGUCAAUUGUAACGUGUGGCAUCCCGGGGACUGGUGGUAGAUACUUUGGCGAUGGAAGCUUUCUCGGCGAUCGAGACUUCGUGAGGGACGUCGGCUCAGAGAUCAUUUGUGAUCCAUGGGCAGCAAUAUAUCCGUCCAUUCGACGAAAGCAGCAGAAACCCAGCAACCUCAACAAGAAGACACCUGAGUCCACGCCACCCAAGGAUGGUCAAGCUGCUCGAAGCUUUCUGAGUGGAGUCGUUGCCCUUUGCCCCAUCACAAAAGACGAAAAUCAGCAAAUACCGCCACCGCAGGAAGAUAGCGCCAGUGCAAGCAACGAGUGA